AGCUGUUCUCCCAAACCUUUGGCGUCGGUUAAGCUAUACUCUAAAAGUACCUCUUUGUUCUCAUAUCAUCUUAAAUACCAAGCGCACCAAUUUCCCCGUCAACUGUUGCUUUCUUUGUACCUUCCCUCAACGCAUAUUGGUGACGGCCAUUGCAUGUGACUGCCCUACCAUCCUAGAAGCGCUCGCAAUAUCUCAUCCAGGAUAGCCUGAGUACGACCGGAAGUUAUACGUAGUAGAAACAGGGCGCAAGCCCAAAGUUGGGAAUACACAAUGGCGACUAAGGUGGGAGGAAAAGAUGGCAAGGCGCCGCCGACGGCAGCCACGAACCUGAUCGCUGGUGGAGGAGCAGGCAUGAUGGAGGCUCUCGUAUGCCACCCUCUCGACACCAUAAAAGUCCGGAUGCAGCUGUCGCGACGGGCGCGCCAGCCGGGCGCCCCGAAGCGCGGGUUCGUGCGCACGGGCGCGGAGAUCGUGAAGCGCGAGACGCCGCUCGGGCUAUACAAGGGGCUGGGCGCGGUGCUGACGGGGAUCGUGCCGAAGAUGGCGAUCCGGUUCACGUCGUUCGAGGCGUACAAGCAGAUGCUCGCGGACGCGGACUCGGGCUCGAUAUCCGGGCGCGGCACGUUCGCGGCCGGGCUCGCCGCCGGCGUCACCGAGGCCGUCGCCGUCGUGACGCCCAUGGAGGUCGUCAAGAUCCGCCUGCAGGCCCAGCACCACAGCAUGGCCGACCCGCUCGACAUCCCCAAGUACCGCAACGCGGCGCACGCCUUGUAUACCGUCGUGAAAGAGGAAGGUUUCGGCGCCUUGUACCGCGGCGUUAGCUUGACGGCGCUGAGGCAGGGCAGUAAUCAGGCGGUGAAUUUCACGGCGUACACGUACUUCAAGGAGGUGCUGCUGCGCUGGCAGGAGCAGGCGGGCGGCAAGAACUCGGGCUCGGCGCAGCUGCCGAGCUGGCAGACGACGGUCAUCGGGCUCGUGAGCGGCGCGAUGGGCCCGCUGAGCAACGCCCCGAUCGAUACGAUUAAGACGCGGUUGCAGAAGACGCCGGCCGAGGAGGGGGUUUCGGCGUUUAGGAGGAUUAGCGUUAUUGCUGGGGAGAUGUUUAAGCAAGAAGGCGUCCAUGCUUUCUACAAGGGCAUCACGCCUAGGAUUAUGCGGGUUGCACCGGGGCAGGCUGUCACGUUCACGGUGUACGAAUAUCUGAAAGAGAAGUUGGAGAAGAGCGGCCCCAGUGUGUUGUCUGGAAGUAGAUACGAGGAGUAAAUUUAAAGACAAACCUUUAGGACUGGGGAUGUGGUGUAAAGUUGGUGAAGUUCGCGUUGGAUAUACCUAGGUGGCUACUUCAAUCUUGUUGGCAUAUCGCAUU